AUGCCGUCAAAGAAAACAAAAUCUGGCGUGAAUGAUGAUCUAGAGAAUGAUCCGAUGCUAUGGCCGGCACUCAACCCAGAUAGGCUAACACACUUCGAAGCAUGUCUGUUGACAAGAACAAACACCAUACUUUCUGUCCUGCAGAAUGUAUUUCAAGAUAGAGAGCACAACCGAAUAACCCACAAGAAGAAGACCACCCGGAAGCGCACCAAAGAUUAUGAGGCGGAUGAGGAUGACGAAGAGGAAGAAGCCGAAGAGUUCAAUGGCUCAAAGAAGACAUCGAAUCGUGAGGCUGUUGUAGUAUCGUAUAAUGAUAUGAGCGAAGAGUUAAGAAUGUGCUUGUCAUCAAAGACACACGAAUGGGUCCAGAAGAAUAAAGGGAAUCGUUUGUGUUUCAACCUGGGUACCAAUGGUUCUGCCAUGGUGCAAGCGAAAGCCUGGUAUUCGCAUCUAAAACAUUGGAACCGCCAGUGA